AUGGGUUCAGAUCUGGCAGAGCUAGCGGGCGUUUGCUUGGAAACUGGGGACCAGAGACUUACCCAGGCUCGCAAGGCAUAUCCGUCUCCACUCCUGCCCAGUCCACAAUUCACCACGAGCGUCGAAGAGCCAUAUCUGCAGGGCUUGACCGGUUUGGAGAAGGAAAGCCUAAAUCGAGAAAAAUUCCACUUUCCCGCAGCACCAAGCGCCGCCGAUCAUUUUAAGGCAAGCCAAUCUUGGGGUGUUGGGCCAAUGGUUAUCCACUGGGACCGCUGGGGCGAGCUACCCCUAGAAUCAUCGGACAUACUUUUGCCGUUUCCACGCGCUUCCAACGUCAACAAUCUGCUGGUCCCAAUAGACCGUGGAACCCUGCUGCUGCUCGCCCCGCCAUCUCUUCUACCUUCCCUUCUGGAGCAGUGGCUUCACCUUUCCGGAGAAUAUAUGAAACAGUAUCCAGGAUGA